AUGGAUUGGCAGAAAGGUAUGCGGGUACUUUUAAAGAUAAAGUAAAGAAAAUGGGGGACUCAGGAGAUCCAUUACAGACAAAACUAGACCGGUUUUUUAUUUCAAGGUUUAAAGAACCUUUUACUUGCUGCAUGCUUGUGUACUUGGUCACGGCUUUCGUUCCUUCGCCUCACAGCGUGCUAGGCCAAUUCUCCGGGCAGAAGUAGACGAACAGCGGUCUGGAUUUCCCGAGAAGAGAUGGCCGAUUUCUUGUUGUAGUGAGCCAAUUUGGAAGCUUCACCGACAAUUCGCUCGAAGAUAUCGUUGACGAACGAGUUCAUGAUACCCAUGGCUUUGCUGGAGAUACCAGUAUCGGGAUGAACUUGCUUCAGAACUUUGUAGAAGUAGAUAGCAUAGCUUUCUUUACGUUUUGGGCGUCACUUCUUGUCACAACCAACUCCGGCUUUCUUCCCGGCUUUCUUUCCACCUUUCUUUCCACCAACUGGUUUCACAGGCAUUUUCUUCGCAAAAUUUUCUUUCUUGACAGUAGAGGAUUAGUCUUCGCUGUAGAGAACAGAAUCAGAAUCGUACAUAACAUUGUAGCAACACAUACUGAUAAAUCUAGUGACAGUGACAGUGAUAUGAAUUCUGUCAACGGUACACCAGUAACUAUUUUGAUGCAGAAUAUAAAUUCUGUAGGACAGAAAUCAGAAAUCUCACCACAAUACAAAUUAGGAGUGAAUAUUAAUGGUCAAGAAGUCUCCAUGGAAAUUGACACUGGAAGUUCAGUAACAUUAUUAAAUUCUAGUGAUUUUGAAAGAAUGGGUGGUGACACAAAUGUUUUGAAACCUGCUACAGUGGUACUUAAAAGUUAUACGGGAAAUGAAAUCAAGUGCUACUGUAUGGAGAAGACAACAUGAAAGUCAAAGUGGGAGAACAAGUAAGUGACAUAAAAAUUCGAGUGGUUGAAGGACCAUCACUACUAGGACGUGAUAUUAUGACUAAAUUUAGACUACUGUGGCACAACAUUUUCAGUAUUGUUCCUACCACUGCAGAGGAUAUUAUACAACAAUAUCCUGAACUGUUCGAUGAAAGAGGAGUAAGGAAACUGAAGGGGGUAUAAGUGUCAUUAAGAGUAAAUGAUGAUAAACCAGUGUUUAUGAAACCCAGAGUGGUACCUUUUUGCAAUUCGGAAAAAAAUACGAAGAAGCAUUAGAGAAACUAGCCCAGGGGGAUAUUAUUAAAAAAGUAGAGCACUCGGAAUGGGCUUCACCGACGGUUCCGGCCUGUGAUUAAGCCUGAUAGCAAUGUAAGGAUCUGUGGAGAUUAUUCUGGUACAAUUAACCAGGCAGCUACAUUAGAACAAUAUCCAGUACCUACAUUUGAAGAGUUACUAAUCAACCUUUCAGGGGGAACGAAAUUUACGAAACUUGAUCUUUCACAGGCAUACAGUCAAUUAGAACUCACCCCUGAAAGUAUUAAGUACACAACAAUAAAUUCCCAUCAUGGGUUAUACCAGUAGAAACGAUUGGUUUUGGGGGUAAACAUUGCGGUGUCCAUCUUCCAACGUACCAUAGAAAAUGUACUCAAAGGUCUUCCAGGAUGCUGCGUUCGGAUUGAUGAUAUCUUGGUAACAGAGAAAACUGAUGAGAUUCAUAUGGAAAAUUUGCAUCGUGUUCUGCAAAGAUUACUAGAUAGCGGGCUUAAACUCAAGCGUGAGAAAUUCCAUUUCAUGCUUGGGGAAGUUAUUUAUUUGGGAAUGUCAAUCUCGGAAGCCGGCAUUUCACCAAGAGAGGAGAAAGUGCAAGCCAUCAAAGAUGCCGUCCCUCCGGCAAAUGUUUCUGAGUUGCAAUCUUUUAUUGGUACAGCAAAUUUCCUGCGUAAGUUUGUGCGAGGGUUCGCAGAAAUUAUGACACCUUUGUACAAAUUACUUCGGAAAGGAACUCCAUGGGAAUGGAGUAAAACUGAACAGGAAGCAUUUACCACUAUCAAGUCGGCAUUGUGUUCGGAUUCUAUAUUAAUUAAUUACGACCCAGCUGCUGAGCUGGUACUUCAGUGUGAUGCAUCUUCUAUAGGAGUUGGAGCUGUACUGCUCCAGCCUGUUCAUGAUGGCACAUUACAACCAGUAGCAUACGCUUCUAGAACUCUUAAUGCAGCUGAGAAAAAUUACGCUCAAAUUGAAGGUGAAUCGUUAGCAAUUGUAUUUGGAGUUACAAAAUUCCCCCAGUAUUUACUUGGCAGACAUUUUAAACUCCUAACAGACCAUAAACCGUUAAUAACCUUACUGGGGGAACAUAAGUCAGUUCCACAGUUAGCGUCGGCACGGAUUAAGAGAUGGUCGCUUCUUCUGGCAGCAUACAACUACACGAUUGAGUUUAUUUCUGGAAAAGAAAAUGUCUAUGCAGACUUUCUUUCAAGGAAACCUAUUAACAUACAACUAACUCCGGAGGAACAGGUAGAGGUUAGAGUCAUGUUUAUCGAAGGAGAACAAAUUGUUAAUUCCACAAUGGUUGCCAUGGAAACUAAGAAAGAUCCAGUCUUAAGUAAAGUACUAGAUUUUACGAAGAAUGGGUGGCCAGAAAAACCACAACCUGAAUUACAACCUUAUCAUACUAGGCGAUUAGAAUUAUCACAUGAAGAUGGAAUUUUGCUAUGGGACACCCGAGUUGUGAUAUUCUACUGAAGGAUUUACAUGCCGAACAUUUCGGAAUAGUGAAGAUGAAACAAUUGGCGCGUAAAUACCUAUGGUGGCCUAAACUCGAUAAAGAAAUCGAAGAAACAGUUAAGUCUUGUAUGGCAUGUCAGGAAGAAGCCAAAUCACCAAAUGCAUCUCAACAAGCAUCAUGGUCUUGGCCUGGAGGCCCUUGGAAGCGUAUUCAUAUAGAUUACGAAGGUCCAUAUCUAGGGAAAAUGUUCUUAGUCGUUCUCGACGCCUAUUCCAAGUAUCUUGACAUUGUCCCAAUGUCUAAUGCUACUUCAACUACCACCAUAACAGCUUUACGACAUAUUUUCAGCAAUUUUGGACUACCUGAACACAUUGUUUCAGAUAAUGGUAGCCGGUUUACCAGUGAGGAGUUUCAGAAAUUUCUGAACGAUAACAAUAUUCACCAUACUACAACCGCUCCAGGACAUCCUGCAACGAAUGGAUUGGCAGAAAGGUAUGUGGGUAAUUUUAAAGAUAAACUAAAGAAAAUGGGGGACUCAGGAGAGCCUUUGCAGACAAAACUAGACCGGUUUACGCUGACGUACAGAGCUACCCCUACAGGUUUAGGAAUGUCACCAUCAGAGUUGCUAAUGAACAGGUAACCACGGAUCCGAUUGAGUGCGCUUAGGGAGAAACAAUCGAAAAACGAAGUCAAAAUAUUUCAAGAUAAUCUAGAUAAUCAACCAAGGUACAGUCAAAAUCAAGCAGUAUUCACACGAAAUUUUGGCAAAGAAGCACGAUGGCUUCCAGGGGUUAUAGUAAAGAUAAUUAGUCCUAGAAAUUAUGACGUGAAAGUGGGGGAUGUUAUGUGGAAACGACAUGAAGAACAAUUGCGUCCACGACACAUACCUAGUUUUGAAAACGCGGAACAAGCGAAGUCCGAGAUGGAACAAAAUUUGGUCCCAGAAACGAAGAUAGAAACAAACAAAAGAGAAACGAUUCCUGCACACACGGACGAUAGGGUACCUGCAGUACCAAGUGCGGUUACGAACGAGUUCGAUACGUUCACUCCAGUUAACACGAAAAGUAAAGAUCGGGAGUGUGGAGAACUUACUAGUAAAAUGGACUCACUUAUUAACGUUACACCAAGCGAGUCCACAAGAAGGUAUCCUUUACGCGAGCGUAAAUCUCCUAAAAGGUUUACUGAAUAGUAAAAACAUUUUGAACUUAGGUAGAUUGUUGUGUUAUGUUACUGGUUUAACGUUUACAGUGCAGGGACACUUAAAGAGGGGGCAGUUGUUAUAUAUUGAUUAUAUGAAGUACUGUAUAUAGACGCAUGCGCAAGAGAGUCUCGAUAGAGAGUUGAGAGGGCGAGGAGUCCUUUUUAGAAAUAGUCGUUAUUACACUUAUUUGGAGAUUAAAGGUUAAUAUUUUGGCAUUCAAUCCUUACUCGGCUACACGAGAAAUACAUUACAGAAAGUAUCCAUUGCCAUUGUACAACGAUACGAAUGUUUUCAUAUACGACUUUAUAAGAUGAUAUAAAUACAUACUUUUUUUGUGUUCCCUAAAUAGGGAUUUUCAACAUUGAUUUACAAAAAAUAAAUGUUGUUCUAUUUACAAGUUUUAGAAUCUAGAAUUUAAAUUAAGGUAAAAAGGUAAGACAUUUGUAUAAAGUUUAACAAGGUAAAAUUAUCUACUUAUAUAUUUGUUCUAGCAUGCUUCGCUUCAGUUCGUUUUUGAAAGUUUUUAGGGAGUCUAACUUUUUUGUACUUUAUGUCCAAAUCAUUCCAGAGUGUAACGCCUCUAUAAUGAAAGGACCUUUGACCUGCGGAAGUUUUGUACAAUGGUAUUUGCAGUGAGUCAUGGCUACGUGUAUCUCGUUGAUGAAUGUCAGAACGUUUUGUGAAUAAAUCACUCAAAUAAUGUGGAGCAAGUUCAUUGACACAUUUGUACAUCAUAAUAGCCUCUCUUAGUAGUAAUUGUUCCUUUACUGGGAGCCAGUUGAGUUCGCGUAAGCCCGGCGAAAUAUGGUCGAACUUUCCAAUAUUUGUUAUUAUCCUGCAUGCAAAAUUUUGUACCAACUGUAGUUUCUUAAUGUUGGUAGACGAAGUGUUUGACCAAACCGUUGAACAAUAGAACAUUUUGUUCAUUACAAGUGCCGGGACGAUGAGAGUUAAAGCUUCUUUAUCGAAACAUUUUUUGACUCGGUUUAUUUGGCACAGGGAAUUCAUACAUGAGGAAACCAGGUUGGUGAUGUGCUGGUCAUAUGUCAAAUAAGAGUCGAUUGUCAUUCCUAGAUCUUUGGAAAAGGAGACGGGGGUAAUAGUCUCGUUGAGGAAGUUUAUGGUCAUAUCUACGGGAAGUUGUUGUAGGUUUUGCCGUGUGCCAAUCAGCAUGUUUUUGGUCUUUCGCGGGUUAAUAAGCAAUUCAUUUUCGGAACAACUGUUUGCAAUCAAAUACAAGUCUUCCUCAAGUUGUUGCUUUAAACAGUCCACGUUAGCCACAGUGAAAGAUAGUAAUAUCUUGGAGUCGUCCACGUACGAUUCAAGUUUACUAUGGUGGACUGAUGAGGGCAAAUCGUUAGUAUAAAUACUAAAAAAUAAAGGUGAUAAAAUUGCACCCUGUGGUACACCAUAAAAAACAGGGAGAGGAGUAGACACAGUAGAUCCAAUUCUGACUAAUUGAGUUCUUCCGGUCAAGUAACUCUCAAGCCAUUUUGCAACGCUUGGAGAAGCCCCGACGUUGCUAAGUUUUGUAAGGAGAAAAGUAUGAUUUACACUGUCGAAAGCUUUAGAUAGAUCUAUUAGAAUCAGUGCAGUAACCAAUUUCCCAUCCAUGGCCUUUAGGAUAGUAUCUCCAGUCAAAAGAUUCAAUGUUUCGCAUGAGUGAUGUUUCUUGUUCCCGCUCUGGUGGGUUGACAAUUUUUUGUUCUUCAUUAGAUACGAACCAAAUUGAUUCAAGGCGACUUUUUCACAAAUUUUCGAAAGAAAG